GAUCCUCUCUCAUGAAGAUGAACGCCAGUUCACCCGUCGUUUGCGAUAUGUCAUGGAUGGUUUGCCACAGAAUGCGAAACGACAGUCCUACAUGUACGUUCAGGAAGGGAACGGAAUUCCAUUUGAGUAUGAAACGGUGUUAAAGGACAUGGCUACAGUUAGGAGCAAGCUGCCCCAGCCGGCGGAGGAAAUUGAAACCUCCUAUACCGCAGUGGAGGCAGCACUAUGCCUUGAGGGGACGCUGGCGUGGGUGGAGACCGAGAGGGCUUACAGUUCAGUGACCAUCACACGCUUUGGAAACAAUACGAUGGAGGCUGCUUCUGGUGCGGAGCUCAUGUGUGCUGGUGCCGCGUCGGAUAUAGUGAGGACGUUACAAGAGGACUUCAGGAGGGAGGAUAUUGCUAAAGGGAUUAUCAAGAAGUGGGAACCGGAUACAGCCAAGUAUACCGAAUUUAUUGGGAAUAACAGUGCAAUCGUCAGCGUUGUCAGGAAGGCGAAGCAGUUACUUUGUUGGCUGUGUUACUUAUAUCAAAACAUUAGGGGUGGGGAAUCCGUCGCGUCACCACUGAAGCAUCUAUCCCAACGGAUCCCUAAUGCAGCAAACCAUAGAAAAUGGUCUGCGCUCAAAAUAGGUGGUGAGUUGCUUCCAAAGCUGUUGGCUCCGAUCCGGGGAGAACAGGCGAUAAGUUAUCUCCACAACCCUGGGAGCCUGCCGUUCUUUACUGGGGCCGAGGUCGUACAGUUAGUAUAG